GGUGAUGGUCGUACAUGUGCGAGAAAGUCCGCGUGUGAUGGCGCUCCCUGUCAUCCUACGGCUACCUGUAUAGAUGACCAGUCGUCUCUGAAUCCCGGCGGAUUCACCUGUCUCUGUCCGGCUGGCAUGAUGGGCGACGGAAUAGGAGAAGACGGCUGCAAGCAGAGCAAUUCUACAAUAUGUCGUGAAGGUGUUUGCAUGAACGGCGGUACCUGCAUGCCGCUAUCAGAAACGCAAUACCGAUGUGCGUGUGAGCAGUACUACUACGGACUACACUGUGAAAAGGUAUCUGGUUGCGUUGCGGAGCCUUGUGCAAACGGCGGUAUAUGCGAAGAAAGCGGUCCUGGACAAAUCAGAUGCGUCUGUCCCAUGGGUUUCUACGGACCAAUGUGCCAAUUCGAGGAGAACAGCUGUGGAGCUCAUUUCGCAGAAUCCGUGGGUAAUCUCACAUUCCCUGACAAUGGUGAAAUGGCAGCUGGAAAUCAAUGUGACUACGUAAUCUCAACUGGCGAGGAGAACUCGGUGCCUUUGCUGGGAGAACCGAUCACAAUGACGUCGUCGAGUGCGAUGCUACGAUUCAGAGGCAGUAGUGGAGCAUUUUCGAUUAAGUGGGAGACCAAAAAGAGAGGUACCUGA